ACACGUUUUUCCACCGUUUGUCUUUCUAUAUAACUAUUUCGUGCUUCAUUUUAUACGUUUUAUACACAACAAAAAUUUUAUUUAAAUGAAAAGUAACAUAAAACAUUGUUAGUUGUAAGACUUGAAUUUUUUUCUCCCAUUUAAUGUUCAGUGUUUAAAAAACAAAUAGUGGUGAAUUGAUGAUAAAAAAACAAACAACAUUUUGAUUGUCGAUCGACAUUUUUUUCUCCUUUUUUUGGUGCUUUCACACACAAUAAACAUACAUAGAUGUUGAGAGAUUUCGAAUAUGACAGAAUGACGAGGUGACGUUUGGUUCUGCCAUGCGAAACAAAUCAAUACCUUUUGUACUCAUUUUACUAAUUGUAUGGAGUAUUGUCAUUUAUUUUCUAUUUCUUGAUCGACCAAUCGGCAAUGAGGUUCGCAAGGAAAAUUUUGUUAAUCAGAUGAUUAAAUUAGAGAGAGCAGUGGAAACUGAAAUUGCUCUUAAUAAUGAAUUACUGACACGACUUAAGGAGCAACGUUUACAUAAAAAACAAGAGGAAGUUAUUGAGGAACAAAAGCAUGUAGAACAGCCAAUACAGGAAGAAAAACAAAAUGACAAUAAAUUUCGACACGGUAUUUCACUUGGUAAAAAGACAUUGAACGAUGGCUCGCCAAUAAUAGCGAUUUUAGUAUUUUCAUGUAAUCGUGUAAGCGUGAAACGUUGUCUCGAUCAAUUAAUUAGUUUGAGACCGAGUGCCGAGCAAUUUCCAAUAAUUGUCUCACAAGAUUGUGACGAUCAGCCAACGGCAAAUGUCAUUAAAAGUUAUAAGGAUCAAUUGCUUCAUAUUAAACAACCGGAUCAAUCGGACAUUGAAAUACCAUUGAGGGAGAAGAAAUUUAAGGGCUAUUUUAAAAUAGCACGACAUUAUGGCUGGGCAUUGAAUCAAGUAUUUAUUGAAUUUGGAUAUCAAACAGCCAUUGUUGUUGAAGAUGAUCUCGAUAUUUCUUCGGACUUUUUUGAAUAUUUCUUGGGCACUUAUCAACUUUUAGUGAAUGAUAAAUCGCUGUGGUGCGUUUCCGCUUGGAAUGAUAAUGGAAAAGAAACAUUAGUCGAUGAGCAAGCGCCUCAUUUACUUUAUAGAACUGACUUUUUCCCUGGUCUCGGUUGGAUGUUGACGCGUGAUCUUUGGCUCGAACUUGGUCCCAAAUGGCCACGAGCUUAUUGGGACGAUUGGAUUCGACAUCCAGAGCAGAGAAAAAAUCGAGCUUGCAUUCGACCUGAAUUGUCGAGGACAAGAACUUUCGGCAAAAUUGGCGUUAGCAAUGGACUUUUCUAUGAGAAACAUCUAAAGUUUAUCAUGCUUAACAAGAAAUUUGUGCCUUUCACGAAAAUGAAUUUAACUUAUUUGCUAAAAGACAAUUAUGACAUCAACUUCGUGAAGGAAGUAUUUCAAUCGAGAGUGGUGAAUAGUUCAGUAUUGAAGAGUGGAAAAAUCAUUCCACCGAGUCCCAUAAGGAUUCGUUAUAAUAAUCCCAUCGAAUAUAAAAUGACGGCGAAAAAACUCGGUCUAAUGGACGACUUUAAGAGCGGAGUACCGAGAACCGGUUAUAGGGGAAUUGUGACAUUUUUCUAUAAUAAAUUACGAGUAUAUUUGGCACCUGGUUACAAAUGGAAUGGCUACGACAUCGCUUGGAGCUAACACAUAAUUCGUCGUUAUGCUCGCGAACUAUAAUUUUAUUUAUUUUCUUCCAUUUGAUUUUUAAAAUCACAUUUUUCUUUCUUUAUUUCUCAACAAAAAAAAAAAAAAAAACAAAAAAAACAAAAAAAAACAAUGCAAAGAGAGAUGUAA